AUGAUCCUUUUGACUCUGAGGAAUGACUGUUGCUAUAAUUUAGGGGAAAAUGUUUUGAAUGGCAGAAUAGCCUCCAGGGACUUGACAAUAGCAAUUAUCUUCUUGUCACAGACUAUAGUUGGAAUUCUGGGCAAUUUCUCUCUUCUUUACCAUUACUACUUCCUUUACCACAAUGAAUGCAGAUUGAGGGCCACAGAUUUGAUUCUCAAGCACCUCACUAUAGCCAACUCCUUGAUCAUUCUCUCUAAAGGACUCUCCCAGACAAUGGCAGAUUUUGGGUUGCAACAUUUAUUCAACAAUUUGGCAUGCAGUCUUCUUUUGUAUGUUUACAGAGUGAGCAGGGGUGUAUCCAUUGGCAGCACUUGCUUCCUGAGUGUGUACCAGAUAAUCAUGAUCAGCCCCAUGAACUCCUGUUGGAAGGAUCUUAAGGUCAAAGCCCCAAAGUACAUUGGCUUCUCAAUUUCCCUCUGCUGGAUCCUGUACAUGUUUGUAAAUUUAAUUUUUCCUAUGUAUGCAUUGUAUGUGUCUAGCAAAUGGAGCAUGAAAAACAUCACAAGGAAAAGAGAUUUGGGAUCCUGGUUUGCUAAUGAUCAUAAGAAAAUCACAGGCUCAAUCUAUGUAGCAUUAAUUGUCUUCCCUGAAGUUUUAUUUUCUGUGAUCAUAAUCUGGAGCAGUGGUUCCAUGAUUUUCACCCUGUACAAGCACAAGCAGCAGGUCCAAUACCUUCACAAGAAAAAUGUUUUCCCCAGAUCAUCUCCUGAGUCCAGAGCCACCCAACACAUCCUUGUUGUGGUGAGUACUUUUCUAUCUUUUCAAACCCUCUCCUCCAUUUUCAGCCUUUGUAUUGCUCUAAUUAAUCAUCCCAAUUGGUGGUUGGUGAACACAGCUUCCCUAACUUCUGCCUGUUUUCCCACUGUCAGCCCCUUUCUGCUCAUAAGCCCUGACUCCAGUGUAUCCAGGCUCUGCCUUGUGUGGUUAAGGAAUAAAAUAUUUCCUAAUCUUAUCAGAAAAAUGUAAACUGUAUGGUUUUUCACACUGUUCAGUUGUUUAUUUCUUCACACGCUCCAAAGUCAAUGUAGA